AUACUCUCCAUAAUUCAGAGCUUAAAAAACAGGGACACAUCUGAGGGAAUCUAACACCAUUCUGAACAUCUCUGAGCACUCUUUUUCUCAAGUCCAUUAUUUUAAAUUGCUUCUGCAGGCCUUCACUUAAAAAAAAAAAACAAUGCACAGAUUUACUAUUCAAGAAGGGUGAAGAUCAGCCUCCUGAAGCUAAAUUUACUUUUGCAUAUAUACGCAUAGAUCCGCACUGUGCUUAUUAUGGUGAAGAUGGACAAAGGACUUUCUGUCAGCCACAACAGAAGCAUAAUUCACAAAUGCCCUAAAAUAGUUUGAAAAGAAUGGCCCUAAGGAUCACAGGCCAGUUUAAUAUUCUUUUAGUUGCCAGGAAAUGGUUUGGAUACUAAAGGGACUAUCCUUUCCGUAUUUACUUGGCUUGAGAAUCCCAUCGCAUGCUAUGGGAUUUAUCCUGAAUAAACACGCCUAGAGUCUCUCGGGUCCUCUUGAGUUUAUCCUAACUCGCCCAACGAAAACCAAUUUCAGUCCACCCCAUCCUCUGAACCCAGGCCACGUAUUUACGGUUUGCCGCUCUAACUGGAGCCGUUCCGAAGAAUCCGGGCCGGGAGAAACACGUCGCGUUAAUAACGUUCUUAAGGCCGAUUCAGGGACGGAGCAGUUGGCUCCGAUCCAGACGGACUUUCGGGGAAAAUCCGACUCUCCGGGAUUUGUCGCGUAACGAGAGGGGCGGGGCCACGCCGGGCUCAGCUCAGGGAAGUUGCUGAAGUUGGAGCGAACGAGGGCUGAGCCUGGCAAGCGCUUUGGUCGGGCGGCCGGGGCCUCGCCGUGGGCGUCUUCGGGUGGGCUUCUCCUUCGGCUCGGGCGGUGCAUGAUGGAAGCAGCAUGGCCACUCAUUUCUCCCUGACCCAGCUGUCAAGUGCAAAUCCGGUAUAUGAAAAAUAUUAUCGUCAGGUUGAUCCUAGUAAUUCUGGAAGAGUGUUGGCUUCUGAUGCAGCUGUCUUUUUGAAACAAUCAGGACUAACAGAUUUGAUACUUGGAAAGGUUUGGGACCUUGCUGAUACAGAUGGCAAAGGUAUCUUAAACAAACAGGAAUUUUUUGUGGCUUUACGUCUUGUAGCCUGUGCACAAAAUGGAUUGGAUGUUUCGCUGAGUAGUCUUAACCUGCCUGUUCCUCCACCUAGAUUUAAUGAUUCCACAAGUCCAUUAUUAUGUGGUGGAGCUGCACCUGAUAUCCCUUGGGCUGUUAAGAUAGAAGAUAAGGCCAAGUAUGAUGCCAUCUUUGAUAGCCUGAAUCCAAUGAAUGGAUUAUUGUCCGGUGAUAAAGUGAAACCCGUUCUCUUAAACUCUAAGCUACCUGUUGAUGUCUUGGGAAGGGUUUGGGAGUUAAGCGAUAUUGAUCAUGAUGGAAUGUUGGAUCGAGAUGAAUUUGCUGUUGUAAGCCAGUUCUUGGUAUACUGUGCUCUUGAGAAGGAACCUGUGCCAAUGUCCUUGCCUUCAGCUUUAGUGCCACCAUCUAAAAGAAAAGGUAUCAGCAUUCGUUGUCGGGCAGUCAUGCCACCUUCAACACCCAACAAAGAGUGUAAUCAGUCCGUGUUACCUGUCAGCCUAUUACCAUCCACAUCAUCAGUAACACAGGUACCUUUGACAAAGAUGGUUGUAUCACCUGCAGACAGGAUAACAUAUCACGAAAUCUUCCAAACCGACAAGGACAUGGAUGGCUUUGUCUCUGGUGUGGAAGCUAGAGAACUAUUCUUGAAAACUGGUUUGCCUUCAGCUCUACUUGCACACAUCUGGGCUCUUUGUGACACAAAGGAUUGUGGGAAGCUUUCCAAGGAACAAUUUGCUUUGGCCUUCCAUUUAAUCAAUCAGAAGCUGACAAAGGGAAUUGAUCCCCCACAGGUGCUAACGACAGACAUGAUUCCUCCAUCAGAGAGAACCGCUUCACAAAAUAAUUUACUACAGCCAAAUUCCAUAGCAGAUUUUUCUGCAAUCAAAGAGUUAGAUUCCUUAAGCAAUGAAAUAAUUGACCUUCAAAGGGAAAAGAACAAUGUGGAGCAAGACCUGAAGGAAAAAGGAGAGACAAUCAAGCAGAAGACAAGUGAAGUCCAGGAUCUUCAAGAUGAAGUAAGAAGGGAGAGCAAUAACUUGCAGAACCUUUUGACUCAGAAGCAGGAGGCAGAAGAAAUCCUGAAUGGUCUAGAAGAAAAGAAAGCCUGGUUAGAAGAGCAGCUUAGUAUGAUACGGCAGAAAUGUACAGAAGAAGUUGAUCUAAUUACAUCUCUAAAAAAAGAAAUAGCAGAGCAAGAAUCAAAAAUCUCUGGAUAUAAGGAUGAUUUGAGUAAAGCUCAAGAAGAGCUCAGCAGGCUACAGCAAGAAGCUUCAGAGUUAGAGAAAAAUGUGGAGGAAGGAAAAUUGCAAUUAGCACCUCUCCAGCAGGAUCUUCAAGACUCCCAACAAGAUAUAACUUCAGUGCAAGAAAAAUUACUGGAGCUCAAACAGUUGGAAAACAGCCAGUUUAACUGGGAAGCCCAACCACAUGGCAUAUUGAUUAAUGGGAAUGCAGAUCACUCUAGCCUCAGCAACAGCAGCAGUGAAACUGUUAACCUAAAUGAGAAUGCUGAAAGAGAGAAUCCAGCAGAUUCUGAACAAGUAAAUUAUGAAACUCCUGUUAGAAAUAGUCCUGAAACAACACAUGUAGAUACAGAAGAGGAAAAAGAGGAACUGCCAUGGGAUGUGACCAAAAAAGCGGAUCUAGUAAAUGAAGACUCCCAUCAACCGUCUGAUCAGACAACAGAAGCCAACUUAGACUUUUUUGAGUCUGAUCCCUUUGUUGGUAAUGAUCCUUUCAAGGAUGACCCAUUUAGCAAGAUUGAUCCUUUUGGUAGUGAUCCAUUUAAAGGUUCAGAUCCUUUUGCUGCUGACAACUUUUUUAAGCAAUCAUCCUCAGAUCCCUUUGGGAAUAUUGAUCCAUUCAGUGCAACCAACAACAAUUCCACAACAGAAACACUGAAACAUAAUGAUCCUUUUGCUCCUGGUGGAACUACUGUGACUGCAUCAAGUGAUCCAGCUACAGAUCCCUUUGCAUCUUUGUUUGGAAAUGAAUCAUUUGGCUGUGAUUUUGCUGAUUUCAGCACUUUGUCAAAGACGAACAAUGAGGAUCCUUUUAAUUCAUCUGCAAAUGUUAACAAUAUAGUUAUAACAAAAAAUUUGUUCGAGGAAGCUCCAGUCAAAAAUGAAGAUAUUCCUCCUGCUUUGCCUCCUAAAACUGGAACACCUACCAGACCUUGUCCUCCCCCACCUGGAAAAAGACCUAUCCACAAAUUGGAGUCUUCAGAAUCUUUUAAAUUGAAUGAUCCUUUCCAACCUUUCCCAAGUUCUGAUGGUUCCAAAGGAAAGGAAGCUGAUCCAUUUGCUCCUAGUGGAGUAGGCAAAGAGAUGGAUUCCAGCAAUUUUGCUAAUUUCAAUAUUUAUCCUACUGAAGAAGAUAUGAUUGAAUGGGCAAAAAGAGAAAGUGAGAGAGAGGAGAAAGAGCGACUAGCAAGAUUGAAGCAGCAAGAGCAAGAAGAUUUAGAACUAGCAAUUGCACUCAGUAAAUCUGAAAUAUCAGAAGCAUGAAGGGUUGCCUCAAAUAUUUCUACUUUUCCCUGGAUAUCUAAGCUAUACGUAAAGUAAAUCAGAAGUUACAUAUGAAUGGGAAAGUCAAAAAGGCUUUAAAUCCGGCAAAUGUGAUUUUUUGAGCAAUUAUUUGUAACUUUUUCAUAUUCAUUAUUUUCAUUUGGCAAUUGUUUAAUAUAGCAAUUUUCCAUUUGUACUUACCUUGGAAUUCUUCUGUACUGUACACUAUUGCACCAAAGUAGCUUAUUUUAACAUGUAAAAAAAGAAAACCCUGAUAACUCUACAUUUUUAAAUUUGAACACACAUGCAAAACAAUAUAUUGUGGACAAUUUUAAAAGACAAAUAUGUUUCAUGCAAAGUACAUUUUUCUAUGUGUAAUAUAUUCUUUGCAGUGUGAAAAUCUUUAAAAAUGCAGGUGUGCAUAGCUGUGAAGUGAACACACUUUGUCCUUUAAAGAUGGCUAGGUCACAUAUAAGAGAUCUAUGUUCUAAAAUAUUCAUAGAUGGCAUGUUUUAUGUCUCUUCAGAAGGGUCCUAUUUGCAAUUUCUAUAAUACUGAGUUAUUUUAGUUCUUCCAGGUGGCCUGCAUUUGGCCUGUAAGUAAAACUGGCGAUAUAGUUAAUCAAAUUAUAGUUAUUUAAAAAGAAAAAUCUAGCUUGCAAAUAUUCAGGUAAUUAAAAAUUCUGAUAAUCCUGCUUUGUAUUGAAAUAUUCAUGUCUGCCAUUACAGUAUUAAAAUUUAUAUUUUAUGUUUUACAGAGAUAGCAUUUCAUCUUAAAUAUAUGAAAUGAUUUAUGCUUCUUGUGUUCUUUUUACUGGAAGCUCCAAUACUGGACUGGAGAUCAAAAUCCCCCCCCACACACACACACACCGCAUUACUGCCUUUUGCCUGACCAUUAAGAGUCUAAAGAAAUUUGGACAUUUUCCAGGGAGAUAAUAAAAUUAGACUGGCCAAAUUCAGUGUCAAGAAUUCUGAUGCUAAUUGAGCCAGUUUCUUUUGUGAAAUAUGCAAAAAAAUGGUGAUUUGACAGCUGAAUUUGAAAUAAAGUAGGAAGUAGACUGCACAAAAGAUAACUUACAACAGUCAGUUACUGUUGUGUAUAAUUUAUUGAAUGCCAACUGAUGGUUGCACCUUAAAUUAAAUGCCCUUAUGUGGUCACGGAGUCAAAAUAAGAUUGAAUGUUAAAGAAAAAUAAGUUAUUUCCUAUUCUAUAUAAUGUGUUACAUAGUGCAGAGUGUUGAAUUCAUUCCAGAUACCUUCCUUUUUACUCUGAAAUGCUUAGUUAGGCUGCAGGCUUACAAAAUAGGUGGUCCUAGGUCAUCACCAUCCCACUCUAAUGCAUGAUAUGGUAUUUAUAACUAAAUUUGGUAUUUUUUUUCUUCUGCUGCAAAAGAUUCCAUAAUUGCCACUGUCAGGAUAAGGUAUUUCCAUUUAUCUGUGGAUGCUGCUGUCAAGAAUCUUUUGAAGAAAGUAGUGUUUCCUCAUUUUUUAAAAUAUUAGUUUGAAUAAACUUUCUCUUUUGCACUGAGAAAUGAGAAUUUAAACACCUAAUAAACAAAAUAAAACCUCUUGCCAAGUAUUAAUAACCUUAAUUUUCUCAUGGACUUUCAUGGCAUUAAUCAUACAAGUUGUGUGGUUAACUGCAUUUCUUACUUUUAAAUGUAUACUUGGUGGACCAAUACAUUAUCUGUGUCACUCAUAGUCAUGUAUACAUGUAUGUGUAUAUAUGUACACAAACAUUACUUCAUUCAGGCAUAGGAUUAAAAGUUCUGAGUCACCUGAUGUGACAUUUUGUGUUACAGAUGGUUCACAGAACUUUUACUCAAAGUAUCUCAAUAAACCACUGCUAUGUCAGCUUUGAUGGCAUUACUACUAAAGUUCUAAAAGGCUUCUAGGAACUUUUUCAGGCGGGGUUAGCCUCUAUUUAUAGACUUUGUUUAAAAAUUCUAAAUACAGCCUGUAAUUAUGAAUUAAACUGUUUAAGUAUA